AUGUUGGCUCCUAAUACAACACCUACUCCUGUGUGGCUGGACUGUGAUCCUGGUCAUGAUGACGCUUUUGCUAUUUUAAUUGCGGCUCACCAUCCAUCAUUAAACCUCCUUGGAAUUACAACCGUCCAUGGAAAUGCUUCCUUAGAUAAUACAACCAACAAUGCCGGAAGCAUAUUAGAAGCCAUCGGCAGACCGGAGGUUCCCGUCUAUCCUGGAAGCGGGAAACCUUUCUCACGACCUGCUCUAUAUGCUCCGGAUAUACAUGGUGAAACUGGCCUCGAUGGCACCGACCUUCUCCCCCAGGUCUACAGACCUGUGGUCAGAGAUGUGAAUCCAAUCCUAGCUAUGCGGGAUGCUCUUUUAGCACAGCCCAAAGGGACCUCUUGGGUGGUUGCGACAGGAACUUUGACCAAUGUUGCCCUGCUUUUUGCAACAUUCCCCGAAGUUGCGGAGCAUAUUCAAGGUCUGAGCAUUAUGGGCGGGGCCAUUGGGGACGGCUUUACAGAUGCUCCAAUGAGCAAACUGCCCGGCGAAAAAUCACGCAUCGGGAAUACAACACCUUGGGCCGAGUUCAAUUUUUAUUGCGAUCCCGAAGCCGCGCAGUCAAUUUUCAGCAACCCUAUCGUUGCACCCAAGACUACCAUUGCUGCUUUGGAUCUUACGCAUCAAGUCUUCGCAUCGAAAGAAGUGCAAAACCGAAUCCUCUACGGUGCUAGAGACGCGUCAAAGGAACCAACGGUCGUUCGCCGGAUUCUGCAUGCUUUGCUCAUCUUCUUUGCGGGCACAUAUGAAGAGGUCUUUGGGCUUACGGCUGGUCCUCCGCUCCAUGAUCCGCUUGCCGUUGCUGUGGUCUUGUCCAAUUUGAACCCUACAUUUGCAAAGGCUCACCCUGAUCAGACAAUCUACUUCGAUGAUAAGGGUGGGGAGCGAUUUGCUCUUAGUAUCGUUACGGAUGGCGACCACGGUACGGAUGUCUCCACGACUGGUCAGCUGGGACGCUCCAUCGCUGCACCGCUCGACGGGCCUGGUGUAGCUAUUCCCAGGAGUGUCGAUGUGGAGGCAUUCUGGACCUUGAUCAGCGAUUGUGUUCAAUUGGCUGAUGACUGCAAUGCAGCCCGUGCCAAACAAGCUUGA